UGUAAUCCGAUCCUGUUUGGAGGAGCCGCCGUGCAAGCCUGUGAAGAGAGGAAGAGAGAGGGCACUGCUCUGCGCUCUGACGCUCUCCACUCCUCCCACUUUUCUGCCGAGUGUCACCCUCCUUCUCCCUCAUCUGUUCACUCCCCUGCUCGGUGAGGGCUGGUCGGCGGCGCACACGCCUCCGGGAUCGUCGCAUCGCAUUGUUCACCCACCCGACCGAGCCUCCGUUAAGUCGGCGCGACACUGCACACGGAGCUUUCUUUUUUUUUUUUUUUCUUUAAACACCUCUAUACAUUUUUCCUAAAUGUCUUUACCGGGGGAAUCUACCGCAUGCACGCCAGUCCGGUGACGUGCCCGAGCAUGUUCACAUCACAGACGGCGUCGGAUUUACCUGAGAGUACGCUGCCCUCACACCGUCAGAGCGAUCUCCCCACCGCGCACACACAUUUGGACUUCACCGAUUGUCACUGAAGAGGAAAAAGGAAAACACCGGAUUACAACGAUGGGGUUCUACGGCACUUUAAAGAUGAUUUUCUACAAAAUGAAGAGAAAGUUGGACCCCGAGGUCCGAACUUUCCCUUCAGGAAAAAAGCCCUGCAAAGGCCCAGAAUAUUCCAGCCCGACAGGAAUUGUCCCGUGUCCAGCCACACCCACCACAUUUGGCCACAUUAGAACAGCCAACGGUCAGGGGCAGCAGAGACGGCGUAUCACCUCAAUCCAGCCACCCACGGGUCUCCAAGAAUGGCUCCGAACAUUUCAGAGCUGGACUGGCCCAGAGAAGCUGCUGGCGCUGGAUGAGUUGAUUGACAGCUGUGAGCCCACACAAGUCAAGCAUAUGAUGCAGGUGAUCGAGCCGCAGUUUCAGCGAGACUUCAUCUCCCUGCUGCCCAAAGAGCUGGCUUUGUAUGUGCUGUCAUUCCUGGAACCGAAGGACCUCCUCCAAGCAGCCCAGACGUGUCGCUACUGGCGCAUCCUGGCAGAAGACAACCUGCUGUGGAGGGAGAAAUGCAAGGAAGAAGGCAUCGACGAGCCUCUGCCCCUCAAGAAGAGGAAAAUCGUCAAGCCUGGCUUCACUCACAGCCCCUGGAAGAGUGCCUACAUCAGGCAGCACAGAAUAGACACCAACUGGAGGAGAGGGGACCUCAAAUCACCUAAGGUGCUGAAAGGUCAUGACGAUCACGUGAUCACCUGCCUCCAGUUCUGUGGCAACCGCAUUGUCAGCGGCUCUGACGACAACACGCUGAAAGUCUGGUCGGCCAUCACAGGAAAGUGUCUGCGCACGUUGGUGGGCCACACAGGGGGCGUGUGGUCAUCCCAGAUGAGAGACAACAUUAUUAUCAGCGGCUCCACUGAUCGCACACUCAAGGUCUGGAACGCAGAGACAGGAGAAUGUAUCCACACCCUCUAUGGGCAUACCUCAACAGUGCGCUGCAUGCACCUACACGAGAAAAGGGUUGUCAGCGGCUCUCGUGACGCCACGCUGCGCGUCUGGGACAUUGAGACAGGUCAGUGUUUACACGUCCUAAUGGGCCACGUGGCGGCGGUGCGCUGCGUCCAGUACGAUGGGCGGCGGGUGGUCAGCGGUGCCUAUGACUUCAUGGUCAAAGUGUGGGACCCUGAGACGGAGACCUGCCUCCACACGCUGCAGGGCCACACCAACAGAGUGUACUCAUUACAGUUCGAUGGGAUCCACGUGGUGAGCGGCUCAUUGGACACGUCUAUAAGGGUCUGGGACGUGGAGACGGGCAACUGCAUCCACACCCUAACGGGCCAUCAGUCCCUCACCAGCGGCAUGGAGCUCAAAGACAACAUCCUGGUCUCAGGCAAUGCAGACUCCACUGUCAAGAUCUGGGACAUCAAGACGGGACAGUGCCUGCAAACACUGCAAGGGCCCCACAAGCACCAGAGCGCCGUGACGUGCCUCCAGUUCAACAAGAACUUUGUCAUCACCAGCUCGGACGAUGGCACAGUUAAACUGUGGGACCUGAAGACGGGCGAGUUCAUCCGAAACCUGGUGACUCUGGAGAGCGGCGGCAGCGGCGGUGUGGUGUGGCGCAUCCGGGCCUCCAACACCAAGCUGGUGUGCGCGGUGGGCAGUCGCAACGGCACAGAGGAGACCAAGCUGCUGGUGCUGGACUUUGAUGUAGACAUGAAGUGAGAAGGGACGUGGUGGGGAUGGACGAAGAGAGCGAACCACAGAGAGGAAGGAAAAGAGAGGGAAUGGGAGAUGAGGCACCUAGAAAACCAGAGGGCCCAGAAGCCCAGAACUCUUCACCCAAACUCGCAAAAUCUACAACCACCACCAACAGUGGGCUGUCCUGUCCUCUACCAUUAAUCUUCCCCGUCCCCCUUUGGGCAAAUGUUACCGACAGAGCCACAGACCCUCACGUGUUCAGCCCCUGCUUUCGACUCCCUACCACCAGUACGAGGUGGAGUCGGAGGGGAUCGGGCUGGAAACGAGGCAGGAGGGGAGGAGGAGGAGCCACCACCAGUCUGUCCCUUCUUGAUUGGCUGGGAGAAGGAAGAGCGGAAGAAAGGAACGACGACUGAACUCUUUAGAAGCAACUCUCAACCCUUUCGGUUCGGGGGGUCAGCUUCGCACAGAGACUUGGUUUCGCUCAAGCCUGACAGAUUUUGACAUGUACAGAGAUAUAUUAUUUUUUAAAAGACCCCUCCACAAACUCCCUCUGCGCCCCCCCUCCCAAAAAAAAAAAAAAAAAAAAAAAAUCCCCCUUCCCAUCAGUGCGCGCCCACACACACAUACACUCAAAUGGCCAACCGGAAAGUGGAAAAGAUUGAGGAAGUUGGUAGACAUUUAAAGCUAAAUUUCCACACAGUUACAACUUGAGAGCUGCUUGUUGUAGAGGAGAGGAAGCGACUGGAGGGUUCAGCCUGUAAUCGGGCUCGUUUCUUGUCACUCCAUUUCCGUUCUUAUUGUUCUCCACUCGGUUUCACUAGUUUGAUUUCUUUACAAUACCGCACACAAACACAACUGUGAAUUUCAAUAAGUUUUUUGGUUUAUCGUAUGAAAGGGGGUUUCUCUUUUGUUUAGUUUUUUUUUUUUUCUUCUUUUCCUCGCGGUUGCCAACAGCAACAAAUCCCAGUAUUAGAAAGCUGCUCUGUUUAGGUUUGCUGUCAUUAUAUCACAAGGGUUUUUUUUUUCCUCCUGUCUUUUUAUUUGAGUUGUUUGUUUUGUUCUUCCUGUUUUCUACAUACCUGGCUUUGGAGAUCUGUCUCCACGUAAACAUCAAUGCUGUCCAGAAUUUUUCAGAGUCUAAGUGGGGUGGUUUCCUCAAUGCCGGUGCUGUGAUAAGAGGAAGUUAAGGUUCUUUGCUCCAAGCGCUGUGGAUUAAAUGCCCCCUGAACCCACCCAGCCCUUCCCCUCCCCUCUACUGUUUUCCCCCAGUGGCCAAACUGUAUUUAUGCUGCUAGAUGAAUGGAAAAAAUAGAGAGAGAGAGAGGGAACUUUUACUUGCUGCGACGUUUUAGUCCCAGGCAGAAUUCCAAAAUUGAACUCUAUAUGUUUGGACUUACAGAAACAAAAGAUGACAAAAGAAUAACAUCCGACAUUUUUGUUUUAUUUUGUUUGUUUUUUUUGCCACUGAAACUUGAGCCAAACGUGCCUCUACGAGGCUGAGAGGAGGGAGCGUGUCCGACAUACUGACGGGAUCGCCUGCAGAGAGGAAACAAGGGGAUGUACACUGUUGGCGUGCGUGUGUGUGCGUGCAUGAGUGCGUGUGUUAGCGUGUUAAUGGGCAACUUGUAAACACAUUCCUUGGGACAAAGCUCUUUCAGCCUGUUCUUUGGGGAAAUGUACAAAUGCUGUGUUUGGACUGGCAAAGAAAAAAAAAACAAAAAACUAGCAGAUGUAUCGGUUUUUAACACGUGAAUGAAAGAACUGUCCGUAUCCGUGUGUGAUUGUUGUUCCAUUCAAAGAUGUCUGAAGCAACAGAGGAGACCAUCACAAGCAUCAACUGACAGGUCGAGCUGCCAGGAGUCUUAGUGUUACAUGUGUUGCAGUCAAAAUCAGCGGUUGCGGCUGCUCGGUAAGUGGCCGCAGACUCGUGGAUUGUCAGUUGGGAAAAAUAAAAACACAAAAGGCAACAAACGUGAACAGAAACAUUGUAGCCAAACGAAAAAUCGUCUCAAUCUCCAAGAGUCACAACUCAAGCUGAACUGUGAAAGUGGUAUAACACUGUAUAUUAAAAAAGAAAACAAUCUUGCUCUA